UCUGAAUGUCUCCAUGCACAUAAUCAGAGAUUAUAGGAUCUACCUCUACAGUCGCCAGUGUUAUUGUUGAUGUUGCUGCGUUCGUGUCCCUCUAUCGCUGACGUCACCUGACGCACGAAGAGAGGGAGGGUAGUCAAUGCCUUCCAGUCGACAACCGGUCCGCAAGUCCUGGGCUGCACAAGCGGACUUACUUCUUUCUCAACAGUUUUGUCGUUUUUUUUUUUCUUUCGCACACCAUCUCCCUCCGGUCCUCUCAACACAUCAAAGCUUCCACCCCCCUGUGACAGUUUGUAUGCCUGUAGUCGCGCAGGAAGGAAUUGUAAGGACUGCCAUUUCACUUUCUCACUAAAAGACGAGGUAUGGCGGAGAAGACGUUUCUAAGAAAACCAAAGCGAAUUAACGUUGAGACAAAACGAUCAACUUUUACCCGAAAGGCUGCAAGAGCUGAAGUACAACUCGUACACGUGGAGUAUCGUCGUGACACAUAUUUAACACUUUAAAGUGUUGUUAGAUUUCGUUUGUUCUCGCAUGUAACAUUGUUUCCACUGGUUGUCGGUUUGUUUUGGUCAUCUUUUUUUAUGUUGGCUGAGUAUGGGAGUUCAGUUAUGACUUUCCUUUUUCCCACGUUGUUUUUGUGGAGAGUGUUUGGAAUUCUGCUCCUCGCGUCCCGUGCCCUUUAAAUCACGCACGGCAAAACUUUUCAGUUGGACAGCUGGAGUGAUAUUGACAGCAAGUAAUCGGUGGAGAUAUUGGCAUCGGGCUACAAAAAUGGGGGCAAAUCAGAGUAGCCCAGCCGCCAGUGGCCGGACCAGAGCUUAUUCGGGCUCGGAUGUGCCCUCUAAUACUACCGCCAGUAACGGUAACAGCAGAACUGCCGCCAUGGCUAUGAGGUACCAUGCUUACGGUGCCUCGUCUCACGGGGCCGCGGGAGCCACGUCGGCCGCGACCCAGCAUCUCGGCCACAGAACGAGAUACACCGGGGGCAGCGGAGGGGGUUCGGGGACGAGGCCCCAAUCACUCCACCAGUCUGGCUUCAGCAACGUUGGCAACAGCGGUGGAACCUACAGCUCGCACGAGUCCGGCAGCAGCACCCCAGAAGAGACGACCGGCGAAAGUGACACGUCGAGCAGAGGGCAGGGGGCUCCCCGGCUGCUGAUCGGCUCGUUACCUGCUCACAUAUCACCCCAUCUCUUUGGAGGUUUCAAGUGCCCUGUAUGUUCUAAAUUCAUCGCCUCGGAUGAAAUGGACUUGCAUCUUGUGAUGUGUUUAACCAAGCCGAGGGUCACGUAUAAUGAGGAUGUCCUGGCUAAGGAUUCUGGGGAGUGUGCAAUAUGCCUGGAGGAGCUGAUGCAGGGAGACACCAUAGCACGCCUGCCCUGCCUCUGCAUAUACCACAAGGGCUGUAUAGAUGAGUGGUUUGAGGUGAACAGAUCGUGUCCCGAACAUCCCUCAGAUUAAAUGGUUCCCCUUUCUUGCACAGGUUUCUAAUUCCCUUGGUAAGGAAAUCAGUCUGCUCCAAUGACAACCGACAGCAAUGUGAAUUCUCUCUGUCUCAUUACCGCUGCUGAAGAGGAUGCAGGGCCUGUAGAGACAUGACCAGCCUGAGCGCCAACAGGACUGCGCCCCCUCUGUGCUCGGGGCUCACCAAAAAACAAAAAAAUGCAUCAAAUCAAAUCUUCAGGGAAUCGCCUCUGCGCAUUUACGCGGGCUUGGACACAUGCUCUGCCAGUGAUCUGAUGUGAACGUGGCAGCCUCUAGCAUCGUUAUUUCCCCAGCUGCGCUUACCUGGUCAGGACUUGAGAACCCCGCCUUUUCUGCACCACUGUCUGUUCAGGUGAGGGUGUGCAGAUUAGAGCUUUUCAGCUGCAUCCCUGACAUAACCAACACUCGUGGCGUCUUUUUCCACACUCAACCCCCCCGUUCAAAAAUCGGACUCCCUCUGCUGUCUUGACGGGGUCUGAUGGUACCAUGGCCCUCUCAAGCAAGGGCCUGACCCCUCACAAGCUGUCUCUACCAGUGCCUUCACAGCCCAAUCAGAAAUGAUCUGUCAGUGCACAGCCUCCUGGUCAUGUGACGAGAAGCUUGCUCACUGUGAUUGGUAGAAUAGGUUACCUUCUACUUCUCCCCACAUGGGAAGGGAUCUGUGUUGUGUCAGAGGCGUAGACCGGCACCCCCUUGUGGUGGCAGGGAAUGUGAAAGCUGAGUGUUCUACCUGAGAAUGUCGCUAGAACCCUGAGGUGUGUCUGGGUGGGGUGGGGUGUGAUAGCAGCAGGCCCCUCCCUCUUCUCAGGGCUCCUCCCCUUUCUGUGUAAGCGAAGGGCUCACUCUCCUGAAAACAAAAAAGUUAAUGCUCCCCUCAAUCCCAGAAUGUGUCUCAUAUCUAUGUGGUGUGGAGCGAUAUUCGUCUGAAACAUGAGGCAUGGGUGAAUCUUACCCUGGGGAUAGUUACAGGGAAUUACGUCAAUAUUGUAGACUGUCAUUAUCAUUAGUGGUGAUAUGGAUGAUGAUGACGAUCAUUAUUAUUAUUAAUUACUAUCAUUUAUGUAAUUGCCUGUGGUUAAAAAUGAACCGUUUCCUUGAUCAAAUCACGCAAAGAGGAUAGGUGUUCAUUAAGGUUAUGGAAUGGCUUUUAGAAGAAGCAUAGGAGCAGAUUGGGGUCUGCUGCAUUGGAGCAACUAGAUAAGCUGAGUGUCUGAUGCAGCCCUGGUGUGUUAUCAUGCCAUACUCUUCUGUGACAUAUAGAGCAGGCCAAGCCCCCCCAAUACAUUAUAUCCACAUAGAGGGAGACCUGCUGUGGAGCUAUCCUAGUCCAAAGGAGAAGUAUUAUGGCUGAACCCCUUUAUUACUAAAUUUAAUAUACAUUUUGAAUACAUAUUUUUACCAGCUAAAUGUGUCAACUUUGUUUUCCUCCAGAUAUUUAUGAAUAAUUGCUGCUUGUGCAUUUGCCGCAUCUGAGCCAGCUGGAUAGCAUCUAUUGUAUCUAUCCAAAACCACCUCGCAGGGAAAAUAGACAAUAACUUCAACUGAAUAGCAGUAGCUAAGUAGGUUUAAAUGUUGAAACAAUGUGGCUCAGUUGUACUCCGGUCAUGUAACUGACACCUGGUCUUUUUUUUUGAACAACUAUCAAUAUUUGAUCUCAUACUAUUAUUGUACAAUUUACACAUCUAAUUGGAACUUACCACGAAUUUUAAGGUGUCUUUGUAAAGGCGAUUAACAUUUCAGCGUUGAACUCUGGGGAAAAUGUGUGGCUGGAUCUGCCAAGCACACACAAAGUAGAUGGCCCUCAAGGGUGUUCUACAGAUGCUUUGAAUGUCCCACCAAACACUUUUCACGGGUUCGUGUUUUUCAGAGAACCACUUUAGGUGCUCUUAAAGGCAGGCCUCUCGAGGACAGAUUUAUUGCUGUUAGAAAUUCAAGUGUCAGGAAAGAAAGGAUGGACAUGGUCUUUCUGUCAUGUUUUUAUGGAAAGCUGUACCUGCUGUAUGACAGGAAAUGAAUUGUGUGGGCAAUCUUUCCUGAAGGUGAGAGUUUGAACUUGACUGAGCAAUAUGGAGGGAGAUUUUCUUUUCAGUGUGUUGGCGCUGAGAUGUAGAACUAUUUUGACAGGCUGACUGUAUCUAACUAGAUGAUCAAGAAUUCUCUUUUAAACAGAUGAUUAAGGUAUAUAUGUGUUAUAACAUUCCAUUUGUGUAAAAAAAAUACAUAUAUGUACAGAACUAUUAAAUUAAAAGAAAAUCUUUUGAAGGUGUG